AUGACAUCUAUCCAACCAUUUGAAGCUACGGAUUUCUUUAGUUUAAAUGCCGUCAAUCUCGAUACAUUCACGGAAAAUUUCCCUGUAGAAUUCUACUUGGAAUACUUGAUUCUUUGGCCUUCGCUAAUGUUCAAGAGUGUUGAAUUGACAUCCCCUGCUCCAGGUUCUAACGGAAAUGAAAUAUCUGGCUAUAUGAUGGGGAAGACAGAAGGUAAAGGCCAAGAUUGGCAUGCACAUAUUACUGCCGUGACAAUAUCACCCAGAUUCAGAAGGAUAUCACUAGCGUCAAUGCUAUGUGAUACGUUAAAAACUAUAACAGACAAUCCGCCGCAUAAUGUGAAUUUCAUCGACUUAUUUGUUAAAUGUAAUAACCAACUAGCUAUCUGUUUGUAUGAGAAGUUAGGGUAUUCUGUUUUCAGAAGAGUUGUUGGAUAUUACAACUCUCAUACCGACCCAAUACCGACCCGAGCAACAAAGCCCAACGACUUAAAGGAUGCCUUUGACAUGAGACAUGGAAUGGAAAGAGAUCACGGCAAGAGCAUUCGUGCGGAUGGUCGUAAACAUAAUUGCCUUCCACAAGAUGUACGGUUUUGA